GAGUUCUAAUCUGUACUUGACAAUAUUAAGUGGCUCCGUAAACAUUUGUUCGUGAAACUUGAUCUCGACUAAGACAAACACAUUUACAGGGAUGAUCCGGAACUGGAUGAGCAUGGUUUAAAAGCGCAUAGUGGCAUCUACAAACAUCUAAGAACAAACAUUCCUAUAAAAUCUAUGCAGUAUCCAGAUUACCCCACUAAAAUCAAUGGUUCCGUUUCCCACGACGUGUUUCUUCAGUACUUGCGUAAUUACACCGAUCACUUUCAGCUUCGUAAAUACAUUCAGUUUAACACGCUAGUCACAAAAGUAUUUCCCGUGAAAGGCAACGGUGGUUGGAGGACAGCUACAUGGCAAAUGAAGAUGCGAAACUUGAAUACGAACAGAAAGAACGUGACGAUUUGUGACGGCGUGAUGAUUUGCAAUGGACAUUUCGCUAAACCAUACAUACCAGAAAUUCCCGGACUGAAAGAGACAUUUCCUGGAAAAAUACUGUAUAGUCGUAAUUACCGAGUACCAGAAGUUUUCACCAACAAGACAAUUGUGGUGUUGGGGUCAGGUAAUUCCGCUAUAGACAUUGCCAAAGACCUUGGUAAUUAUACCAAAAGGAUUUAUCUGAGUUAUAGAAGUUAUAAAAAUAACGUUACCCUUAUACACGACCUGCACAAUCCUGGUAACGUGAAAGAAGUAUUAAACGUUCUAUCCGCCAACGGCAGCGAACUCACCCUUCAAGACAAUUCAACCAUAAAAGUCGACAAUUUUAUCUUCUGUACGGGCUAUUCGUUCGACUUUCCCUUUUUGGACAAUAGAAGUGGUCUUGUUUUCGAAAAAAACGCCGUACGCCCGUUAUAUGCUGAAAUUUUCAAUGUGGAAUAUCCAUCCAUGGGCUUUAUCGGAUUGACCGACAAUAUUUACUAUAAUGACUGGUACUAUAUACAGGUAGAAGAUUUCGCGAGCGUAAUGAUAGGCAUUGUGGAAUUACCAAAUUAUCAAACAAUGUUAAAGAAUUCCAAUAUGAUAUAAUGGAUCAUCUUCGUGUAUUUUGAAGAACGAACUUGAAUCAUUCUUACUAAAUAAAUGGUUGAA